CUUGACAAAAAGUAUUGAGAUGCACAAAAAGAGCUGAAAGACUUGUUCCUAGGCAUCCAUCCAAGCAACUCCUAAGAGCAAAAGAUGACUUCAAAUUCAGUAACGCAACUGCUCUAGCAUUAGGUUUUAUCUUUCUUUAUUAUACUUUGACAUGAAUAUUUCCUUGUAGGGAUGCCGGGAAUAGUGAUGGCAAUGGGGCGGGGCGGGGCGGGUACCUCAAUUCUCAUGCCCCGCCCCACGCUAUUACAGGGUGGGGCGGGUAAAACCCGCGCGGGUACGGGGCGCGGCGGGUCGACCCACUCUUAAAUGUCAUUCGAAAAAAAUACAAAUAAAUUUUACUUUUUACGAUAAAGCGAAGGGAAAAACACUUUAAGAAUGAAAAAUAGUGAUAAUAGAAUGGGUAAUUGAGUCUAACAAGUUGAAAGAGUGACUCUAACUAGUUGAUGAAAAGUCAAAAUAGGAGAAAUAUGUAUAGAAAUUGUAAGAAAUUGAGAUAAAAUGAGUCUAGAAUGGGGCAGGACGGGGCAGGGCGGAUCGGAAGUGGAUACCCAUGCCCCGCCCCACGCUACUGCGGGUCGGGUAAUACCCGCCCCAUCGCGGGUCAGGUCGGGUAAUACCCGCGGGGCGGGUUGAAAUUGCCAUCACUAGCCGGGAAUGUAAUUACACAGCGAGUUUAAAAGCUAUUGUUUUUGUUUAAUAAAAAUAUAUGUCGGACAUCGAAAGUAUAUAACUACGAUAUCUCUAAAAUCGUGAGCGCUCGCUUGUACCCUGAAUUUUUUUUUAUAAAGAUGGUAUAGUUCGAUUGCAUUUAUUUAAUUAGCUUUAAUGAAAAUGUUGAUUCUUUAUAUUAUGAUAUUUCAACAAACAUUAACCUAAUCUAUAACUUGUUGCAAUGAAGUCUUUAUUGUGUUUAUCCAUUUUUAGUUCACCCAUUAAAAAUUUCGUACACAAAUGACUAGGUUGGAUCAACUCCGAUAAGCGUGUCCAUCAUGAGCAAGUGAAUUCAAUCAUACGAGAGCAAAACCAACUACUCGAUUUCAUUAUGUUUUCUUGUACAGUCAUCAAAAUCGUGACUUCUUUGUUUUGUUGAUGACUUGAUAUCCAUUAACGAUUGUGGUCUUUGGCUGAGGAUGUGUCAACAAGAAAUACGAUAACCUAUGCAAUCGUUAGUUACAAAUUAAAGAAUAAAUCGUAAUAUCUUCAAUUUUGAUUUUGAAAUAUAUCCUAUUUCUCCACCUUUUUGUAAAACCCUAAAUACUUGUUUCGCAAUUAACUCUUGAUGUCGUUACAACCUCUGGACGAGCAACUCUAUCUCCUAUUCUAGUGAAAUCGUUCUCUUCGGUUGAUAGAUUUUUUCGGGAGUAAGAUAAGAGUUACACCACACAUACUUUCUACAACAAACUAAAAGUUAGCACAUAUGAUUUAAAAUCUACUAGUUUUUUUCAUGUCAAGUUCAUAUUCUCUCGCAAAGCGAGAUCACAAGUAUUAGAAACUAUAUUUACCAUAGCCCUCCAACACGUUAAUCAUGGAUACAAUAUUGAUAGCAAAAUCUAAUAUCAUUAAUUUCAUUGAUAUCGAAGUGAGAUCACGAGUAUUAGAAACGACAUCCGCCACAACCCUUCAACAUAGUAAUUAUCGAUACAAAUUUUAUAGCAGAAUUUAAUGUCGUUUAUAUAAUUGUCCCACUGAAAUAACAUCGAAUUCUGUGGAAAUAGAAAAAAGGAAGAGUAUUUAAACUCAUGAAUUCCUAAUUUUAUUCCAUUAACAUUUAUUCUAAGAAUGGAAAUCUUUUCACAAUUUGACCACAUUGGAUAUUUCCAACAUGCUAUUGAAGGUGAGGAAAUUAAUUAUCGGAUAUGAAAUUUAGAUUUUUUGCCAAAACAAGUCUAGUAAAUUCUUGAAGGGUCAUGAAUUAUUAUUUCUUUUUUCUUCUUCCAUUUUUGGUGAAUUGCCAGUUAUUACUUUACUCAUAGGGUUCUACUUCUAUGCUUAUACAUAUAUAUAUAUGCUAAUGCACCCUUACAAUCAUAAUCAUAUUGAGUUAUAAUAUACAACCUUUGGAUUAUUCAUCUUGAGUUCAACAAACCAUUUGGAAAAACAAAAAAUUCCCUUAUCUUGUAAGUCCCUUUCUCUUUCUCUUUAGUUUGUUUGUCUCUGCACCUUCACACCUUGCAAUUAGAUCUCACAUUUUACCCGUCUUAAGCUUAAUAAAUCGUCUCUGCUGUUACCCACUAAUCCAUUCAAAUUUGUCUGCCAUAAUAUUUUUCUUACUCUUUCUUCUUACAAAGUAAACAAAGUAUCAAAGGGUGGUAAAAUAAAAGUUUAAAUCUUUUGCCCGCUGCAUUUAUCUCUGCUCUUCUCCAACUGUUCAUUUUCUCUAUCCUUUCUUCCCUCCUUCUUUCUCGUCUCAGGAACUAUUUGUUUUUUCAUAAAAAUUUACAUUUGGCGGCUGGGUUUGUAGAUUGCGAAAUUGCACCACCAUUAUCUUGAGUCAAAAAUUAUGGUUUAAUCGUUUCAUAUCGUUAAAAUCCGCCUAUCAGUUUAGUCUUCGAUAAGAGAUGUUUACGGUCGAAUCGUCUCUUCGAUAGAAAGUCUUAUGAUCACAUCACCGAUACGGUAUGAUUCGACAAACACGGCAAACUAAAAAAAAAGGAAUGAGAUAUCAUCUUGCCAACCCAUCCAUGGGGUUUUUAGGUUGCCCUAGUAUAACUUAUGAAUUCACUCGCUUUUGGUUUCAGGAAUUACAGUUUGUGUCAUCUCCCCUCAUUUUUCCAGUGUGUCCUUGUCUGUAUCAAUUUGAUGAAACGACCGUCAAAAGAUCAGAGCUUUUCCCCUUUGUGAACCCAAAACCUGAAACUUUGUUUGCUUUGUUUCUCUUGCUCUGCUUUUGCAUUGAAUUGGAAUAACUAGAACACUGAUUUUGGACUUGGGUUUCUGGAGAAAGGGAGAAAGUUCAGGUCUUUUGAUGGCAGGGUGGUCGAUGUUUGCAAGUGGCCCUUGUUUGGGGAGUGCUGAAGUUAAUCAUAAGCAGAAGACAAUUACCAAACAUGUCGCGAACGACAUUGUUGUUACUGGCAAUAACCCUAAUGACGACGAUGUUGUGAAACUGAGGAAACUGUUUGAUGAGGCUUUUUCAGUUUUCUAUGAUUUGGGUUAUAAUAACGGGGAGUCCAUUAAGCCGGUUCAAGGGUUGCUUGGCGACGGCCAACCUAUUGAUCUGUUCAAGCUUUUCUAUGUGGUUGGAAACAGAGGAGGGUUUGAUUUGGUGAACGGAUGGUGGCAGUUUGUGAUGGAAGAACUAAGGAUGGAUCCCAAGUAUUCGGGUUGCAUUAAGUUGGUUUAUUUCAAGUACUUGUACAACUUGGAAAAGUGGCUGACUCAGAGCUAUAGUUACUGUGAGCAAGGCAGCGAUUCGGGCAAUUUCUCUGUCGAUUUGGAGACCAAGUUCAGGAGCGUUUUGGCGUACGAGGAUGGCAAAAAGAACGGUAGAGUUGCCUCACUAGAACUCAAGAAAAGUGGCGAGGAUGAUGAUGAUGAUGAAGAUGUUAGUGGCGGUUACAAGAGUUAUGUUGACGGCGAUGCUUAUUACCUUGCUCAGAAAGAAUCACGCAAGAGGAAACGCGUUUCGUUAUCUGAAAUGCUUAGCUGGAUGGCUCGGGCUGCAGCAUGUCCCGACGCAGUCAUCUCCAAGUCAAACCAUACUGUGAAAGACAAUGACUUGAAGGCCAUGGCCAUCAAAGCUAGAGAUUUUCUGUUGAGGAGAAAGCCUGUUGAUUCGAAUGUUGUUCAAAAUUGUUCAAAGAACCAGCAAAAGAUGCAUCCAUCCAUGUAUGACGAUAUCAAGGUCGACCAAGCUGUGGAGAAACCAAGAUGCAGAGGAAGACAACCUACAUCAAAAGCAAUUGUUCCAAUUCCAGUUCGUGUCGGUGCUCGAUUCCAGGCUAAAGUUCCUAAAUGGACAGGGGAAGUAUACGAGAGUGACAGCAAGUGGCUAGGAACAACAAUAUGGCCUGUGGAAGAUGCAAACUCUGUCACUGAAGUUCAAAAGAAUCUUGUUGGUAAAGGAAGGCCUGAUUCCUGUAGUUGCCUGGUUCCAAACUCGGUUGGAUGUGUUCGAUUUCACAUUGCAGAGAGAAGGAUGGAACUGAAGCGGGAAUUAGGCCCGGCAUUUUUCAAGGGUGGAUUUAACCACAUGGGAGAAGAACUGUCCCUCAGUUGGACUGCAGAAGAAGAACAGAGAUUCAUGGAUAUGGUGAGAGAUAACCCUCCAUCUCAGGACAAGUGUUUUUGGGAUUAUGCUCAUAGGUAUUUUCCUCAGAAGACGAAGCAAGAGAUGGUCAGCUAUUACUUCAAUGUCUUCCAGGUUCGGCGGAGGAGUUACCAGAAUCGUGUGACGCCGAAAGAGAUUGAUAGUGAUGAUGAUGAAAACCCGUUUGGAUCUUUCACGGAUGGUUUUGGGUACGAUGCGAUCGAUGUUGGUGCUAGAGACGUAUGUUUAGUGAAUCGGGUGCGAAAUGAGUACCCCUAGACAUGAAGAUCAUUCACUGAUGGUUUUGGGUACGAUGCGAUCGACGUUGAUGAUAGAGUUAUAUGUUUAGUGGAUCGGGCGCGCGGAAUGAGUACCCCUAGAUUUGAAGAUUAUUUUCAACAACACAAUACAGUGUGACUGGAAAGUUGGAAACACAUGUUUUUGUUAGAGACAUCAUUCUUCGUUUGAAUUUCAUCAUGACAGCGUUUGAAACUUGGACAUGGUUUACUUACAAGGCAUCCUGACGAGAAUGGAACCGAGAGGGGGGUACUUUUGUUUCAAUCUUCUUUCUUAAUCAAACUGUGGUUUGACUAUGCAAAAUAAGUUGCAAAAUUGUGAAAGAUUCAUAUGAUUGCCUAUGGUGAACUUACUGUUUAUUUUCAGAGGAGAUUAGGGUGAAGAUUCCCCCCUUACAAACCGACUUCUUUUGUAAACUUAGGAUAAUAUUGAAUGUAAAAUUACCAUAUCAUAUUUAGAAGUUAAAUUAUAUAUUAGUAACUGAAGUAUUUCAUCACUAUAUUAUAUUUUUUUUAUAAACAUGUAUAAACCGCGCUAACUAGAUUGACCUUGAUUCAACCAUUCAACGUGUGAUCCAAUUUCUUCAUUCAGCCAUAAGAGCUAGCAACCUUGAAAAGAGCAAUCUUAAGAUUCUUUUCUGUUUAGAGAUCAGUUUCUUGAUUUAUGUUCAAUAGAAAAAAAAAAAAAGAAUCUACCCAAAAUGCAUAAAAUUAAAAAGUACAAAAGCAUACCUGAAAGCUCCAAACUUUACUUUGUUCAAAUAGUUAGUAAUAUAUCAUAUAAAUGUACCAAAAGCUAGUGAAUAUAAUCUAGAUGAAGUGUGGAAAACACCACUUUUCAAGCGUUAUCGCUACCUUACUUAUGAAAAAGGAGUUAUGCGCAUUGGGCGAAGUCUUAGAAACAUGUCAACAUUACAUCUAGUCAAUGGAGUUCGUGAUAUACAACGAUCAUGAGUCCUUUGAAGUACUAUAAGGCACACCACAAGUUAAAUAAAUGGUAUGCUCAUUGGAUGGAGUUCAUUGAAUCUUUUCCUUGUGUUUUGCUAUAAACAAGGUAACAAGGAGUGUUGUUGAGGAAUUAAGUCGCGAUGAUCUUAAUUUUUAGAGAUAUUUAAUUAUAAAGCAUGUGAAAAGCAUGAUGAAGUGAAGUACAUGGAUAUAAGAAGUGAUAUGGGAAAAGUGUGUGCAAAGUGUUUUAAUUGUAAUAAGACCAUAUCAAAAGU